AUGUGGGGGAAUGGCACAGAUGCAUCAGGGGAGUCCUUCCCUUUGAGAGAAACACCAAGCUCUCUCCCUAACAAUUCAGCACAUUUGCAGUGUGUUGCUGAAGCAGCAUUCCAGCACUUACUGUUACCCAUUGUUUACAGCCUGGCUUGUGUCCUGAGCCUGGCCUCAAACAGCGUGGCCUUGUGGAGUUCUUGGGUCUCCCGAGCCCAGGCCCCACCUGUCAUGAUCUUCAUCUACAACCUAAUUAUCAUUGACCUGCUAUUUGCCCUGUCUCUGCCAUUACAGGCAGUGUAUCAUGCCAGGCACAAUGACUGGCCCUUUGGAGAAGGCCUGUGCAAAGCCACCAAUGCCCUUUUCCUGGCCAACAUGUUCAGCUGCACCCUCUUCCUGGCCUGCAUCUGCCUGGAGCGUUAUAUGGCUGUUCUCCAUCCCGUCCUCUACCUGCACCUCAAAUGGCCUCUGUAUCGUGUGCUGCUCUCCAUGGCUAUCUGGUCUUUGGUAGGGAUUGGAUUACUGAUAUUCUUCUCCAAGAGCACCGUGACUCAUCGCUUCUCCAAUGGAAACACUGCAUGCAUGGAAAAUUUCCCAACCCAGGUCUGGAGUGGAAGUCUGGCAGCCAUGGUGCUAUCUUCCUCUGCCCUGGGCUUCUUCCUGCCCUUCCUUACUAUCAUUAUCUGUUCCAUCGUGAUUGCCCGCCGAAUUAUGAAUCUGGGCCAUGGUACAAUACAGGCAUCUUCAUUGCGUAGGCACUCCCUUCAAACCCUCUUGAUGGUGACGAGCCUGCUUACCCUCUGUUUUCUCCCAUUUCACACUAUCCAUGUUCUGCACACCCUGGGCCGUAUUGGAGUCCUUUCAGCCCCAGGGCUGCUGCACUUCACUUGCUCAGCCCAGCGUGCAGCUAUGGCCCUUGCUAGUGUUAACAGUGCUCUUGACCCUCUGGUAUACUAUUUUAACAUGAAUCCUGCCAAUCGGAAGCUACCAUGCUGUAGCAUAGGCAGCCAAAAUCUUAUGGAGCCAGGUGAGGUUGCUAAUCCAACAGGGGAGGGCCUUAGAAGGAGCAUGAUUCUCAGAGACUGA